AUGAGCUCAAGAUACGGCCGCAGGACGACGACACGAACGAGCCGCUCGCUCCUGUCGUGCGUGGCGCUCGGCGUCUCGACAGCGGCCGCCGCAGUCGAAGUGAGUGUCUGUCACGACGCGACGUACGCACUCGCAGUCGACGUCGCGUCGCUGUGCGCGGGGGCCGGCGCCGAACCCCAUGGGAGGCACUGCCCGAAAGCGGGCGACGUGGCGGUCAACGACUGUCUCUCGACGCUGCCGUCGUGGACGGACGGGCAGUGCGUCGCCCCGGAGGACGCCGUGUGUCAAGUGGUGCAACAGGACACGUGGGGCUGCGUGCUGCCAUCCGUGGGCUGCAACAAGACGGCGGUUGAGUCGGUGCAGGAGCACUUGUGCGAGUCGUGGGACUUUAGCAGCGACGGGUCGAGCGACGACAUGGAGGUGGGGGGCAGUCACUCGAGCGAGGGAGACGAGAGCUGGUUCGUCAAGACGACAGAGCUGCGGGAGCUGUUUGACUGCGGGAAUCGACCGACGCCAGCACCUACGACGAGGGCACGCAAGCCGAAAGGCGACAGGACGAGAGCUGACUCGAAGACUCAGACGACAACGUCUGGACCGGAAGAUGGCUCCGACGCGGAAGAAGAGACUGAGACUGAGGCAGAGGCAAAGGUCGUGAUGGACCGAAACGGGUUGGCGGUUGUGAUGGAUACAAAAGUGCCGGGGGCGUCCAACAAGACGGAGGCAAACGCGCGGAAUCAUACGACAACCUCUGGAUCGGAAGAUGGACCCGAAGCGAAAGAAGAGACUGUGGCAGAGGUCGCGAUGGAUCGAGAGCAAGUGAAGACUGAGACAGAUACAAAAGUGCCGACAACGACUGACAAGACGGAGGCAAACGCGCAGAAUCAGACGACAACCUCUGGAUCGGAAGAUGGGCCCAAAGCGAAAGAAGAGACUGUGGCAGAGGUCGUGAUGGAUCGAGAGCAAGUGAAGACUGAGACAGAUACAAAAGUGCCGACAACGACUGAAAAGACGGAGGCAAACGCGCAGAAUCAGACGACAACCUCUGGAUCGGAAGAUGGGCCCGAAGCGAAAGAAGAGACUGUGGCAGAGGUCGUGAUGGAUCGAGAGCAAGUGAAGACUGAGACAGAUACAAAAGUGCCGACAACGACUGAAAAGACGGAGGCAAACGCGCAGAAUCAGACGACAACCUCUGGAUCGGAAGAUGGGCCCGAAGCGAAAGAAGAGACUGUGGCAGAGGUCGUGAUGGAUCGAGAGCAAGUGAAGACUGAGACAGAUACAAAAGUGCCGACAACGACUGACAAGACGGAGGCAAACGCGCAGAAUCAGACGACAACCUCUGGAUCGGAAGAUGGGCCCGAAGCGAAAGAAGAGACUGUGGCAGAGGUCGUGAUGGAUCGAGAGCAAGUGAAGACUGAGACAGAUACAAAAGUGCCGACAACGACUGAAAAGACGGAGGCAAACGCGCAGAAUCAGACGACAACCUCUGGAUCGGAAGAUGGGCCCAAAGCGAAAGAAGAGACUGUGGCAGAGGUCGUGAUGGAUCGAGAGCAAGUGAAGACUGAGACAGAUACAAAAGUGCCGACAACGACUGAAAAGACGGAGGCAAACGCGCAGAAUCAGACGACAACGUCUGGAUUGGAGGACGGCUCCGAAGCGAAAGAAGAGACUGAGGCGGAGGUGGUGACGAAUCUUCAUGUGGUGACAUCAAUAAACAAGACAGAGACAAAUUCGUGGAAUCAUACGACGACGUCUGGAUCGCAGGACGGGCCCGAAGCGGAAGAAGAGAUAGAAGCGGAGGUGCCAAAGCAAGAGGGGACGGAUCGAGAGCAAUUGAAGACCGAGACAGAUGUAAAAGUGCCGGGGGCGAUGAACUCGAUAUCACAAGCGGUGAAUAAAACCACGGUGACGCAUAUUUUGGCGUCGGUGGUGAACACGACGGCAGCGUCUAUUCCGAUACCAGUGGAUCUGGAAACGAAAGGUUCGCCAAGUGACGAUGACGUCCGACAAGAAGAACACGAUGAAUUGGAGGAAGCUGGGGAAGAAGGGAGCGCGGCCGGACACUUGACAACAGUAACGUUUGCGGCUGAUGCCCCUGUGAGCUUUGGGGGACUGAGCGAUGAGGCACUGGCAGCGAUUGCAGCGGCGGUGGCCUUCGCUGCUGUUGUUGCGACUAUUGUCGCGGUGGUUUACGCAAGGAAGAGACGCCGGCUGGAAGAUGUAGAAGGAGAAGAGGAAGGAGAGGUGGACGUGGAAGACGUUGCGGACGAGACUGUAGGAGUUGACGACGGCGGCGAAAAUGACGGGACCGAAGGCGGAGACGGGAGGAACGAGAAUUGCGAGGGUGAAGGCAAGGACGAUGGCAAUGAGAAGACCGAGAGUGAAGUAAAAAACGAUGACAGUGAGACGCGUGCAUUCUCUCCGCUUGUCCCGCCGACGCCUGCGGUGAUGACGGGUAGAUCUGCAACGACGCCUCCAUUUGCUGGUGCAAAUGCGGACGCAGCAAUGACGCCGGCAGCAGCAACAUGUGCGGCGGUAGACACAACUGAGAACGUGUCUACAUCGCCGUCCGACAGCUCAUUCGAGGACAACCGUUGCGCGAGCGAGGACGACGACGACGAAGGUGCAUUGGGAAGCUCGUCUGAUACGAUGGAGGUUGUUGUCACGGACGCUUGA